AGCAUCUUGGGCAAUUUUGGCCGGAGGCGGUCGGCGCGGUUGCAGCGAUGGGCGAGGGCGGCUUCGGCAAGGGGAAGAACGACGGCAAGGGAAAGAAGGGCAAGAAGGGGGGCAAGAAGGGCAAGAAGGGGGCCGAGGAGAAGGAGUGGGUCCCGUGCACCAAGAUUGGCCGCCUGGUCAAGGAGGGCAAGAUCACUUCCAUCGAGGAUGGGACAUAUACUUGCACUCCUUACCCAUCAAAGAGUACCAGAUCAUCGACACAUUCUUUGCGCCUGGCACGCUGAAGGACCGAUGAAGUGAUGAAGAUUCACCCUGUGCAGAAGAUGAGCUCCGCUGGCCAGACCAACCGCUUCGUUUGCUACGUGCUGGUUGGCGACAACAACGGCCACAUCGGCUUGGGCUCCAAGUGCUCCAAGGAAGUGGCCACGGCGAUCCGUGGCGGCAUCAUCGCGGCGAAGCUCAGCUUGAUCCCUGUGCGCCGCGGGUACUGGGGCAACAAGAUCGGCCUCCCGCACACCGUGCCCAUGAAGGUGGCCGGGAAGUGCGGCUCGGUCCGCGUGCGCCUCGUUCCUGCGCCUCGUGGGUCGUCAGUCGUGGGUUCGCCCGUGAUGAAGAAGAUGUUGGCCUUCUGUGGUAUCCAGGAUUGGGACUGCUUCACCUGCUCGUGCGGGCACACGAGGACCAAGGGCAACUUCAUCAAGGCCACCUUCGACGCACUUAAGUGCACCUUCGGCUACCUCACGCCCGACCUCUGGAAGGCGACGCACUUCGUCAAGUCUCCCUUCCAGGACCGGGUGGUCCGACUACUUGGCGCAGUCCAAACAGGUGGUCUGAGCUCCCAGGGCGCCGACACGGCCACGGCGCGGGCUCGCGGGCUCUGGGCGGAAUCGCCCCAAGAGAGGCCUCCCGCUCCCAAAGCCAUUCCCAGGCCGCCUGUCGUCGUGGAAGUGUCGGGGUGAGGUCAUCGGGAGUCGUCGGGAGCUGCCGUUUGUCCUUGAAUAGAGGAAGGCGGGCCCCACGUGCAUCCCGGGCGCUCCGGCCCCCGCCCUCCGUGCUCUCUCGCGCGGGCCGCGGCCCGACGCCUGCGCGCUGUCCAGUCGGGCCGGGCGAAAGGGUCGGGCCGGGCCCCUUGAGACGCGCAAGUCGUCACGGCACGAACCUGCAGUGCCCCCUCGAACCCCUGCCCGCCACCACGUCCAGGAGACCGGGCGCCCGAGUGCUACACAUGGG